AUGAGGUUCACCCCAAUAGUGGCCGAUACUGAUAUGGAUACCAAGGCAUACGACAUCACCCACUCUGAGGACGUUGCCGGGAGAGGGCAGCAGCAGCACGAAUAUGGCGACGUUCAAGGCACGGCGCGCAUACACGCCUCACGCAUGGAGGAGGCACUCCUGCAAGAGAAACCCAGACCACUACGCAAGAGCUUCUUGAAACUGUAUGCUUGUAUCUUUAUCGCAUAUCUGUGCUCGGCGACCAAUGGCUUUGACGCGAACACUUUUGGUGGGCUGUCUGCGAUGCCGCCCUUCAUCGACUUCUUCGGCAUCAACUCCAACAACCAGGGCCUGAUCGCGGCGCUGUAUGUCAUCGGCAAUGUGGCCGGCUCCUUCUUCGCCGGUCCCUGCUCCGACAAGUACGGCCGGCGAGUGGGCAUGGCCAUCGGCUCGACGGUCUGCAUCGUUGGCACCAUUCUCCAAGCCGCAGCCCAGAACCUUGCCACCCUAGAGGGGGGCCGGUUCAUCUUGGGCAUGGGCGCCGUUCUCGUGCAGACGGCCGGGCCCAGCUAUGUCGUGGAAAUGGCGUACCCGAAGUACCGUGGGCAGCUCACGGGGGGUUUUCAGGCUUGCUUCUUCUUGGGCACAAUCAUCUCCACAUGGCUGGAGUACGGCUUGUACUAUAUCAACACCAACUCGUCGUUUAUCUGGCGGCUCCCGCUGGCUGUGCAGGGACUGCCGUCCAUUAUCAUCCUCUGCUGUGUCUGGUUUAUCCCGGAGACGCCUCGAUGGCUACUCGCCCAUGACCGCAUUGAAGAAGCGAAAGCCGUGCUGGUCAAGUACCACGGUGACGGUGACCCAGGCUCGGUGGUGGUGCGAGUUGAGCUGGAGGAGAUGAUGGAGGUGAUCCGCAUAGACGGCGCGGACAAGCGGUUCUGGGACUUCCGCGAGCUCUUCAACACGCGGGCCGCGCGAUAUCGCACCUUCCUGGUCACCUGCAUCGCCUGGUUCGGCCAGCUCGACCUCCCGCCCACGAGCUACUAUUUCCCGCUCAUGGCCAAGACGGCCGGCAUCACCAGCGUGCACACCCAGCUGCUCCUGAACGCGCUGCAGACCCCGAUCAUGAUGGUUGCGGCCCUCUGUGGGUUGCGCUUCGUCGAGAAGCUGGGCCGUCGCAAGGUCCUGAUGGUUUCGAGCGCGGGCAUGUCGGCGUCGGUGGCCAUCAUCACCGCGUGCACCGCCAACCAGGCAGGGAAACCUGCAGUGGGAGCCACGGGAGUUGCUUUCCUCUACGUUUUUCUCGUCGUUUUUGCCUUUGCAUGGAAUGGGGGGUUUCCUCUCGCUAACGACCACGGUUUUACCUUGUAUAGACCCCCAUGCAGUCUCUCUACCCAGCAGAAGUCCUCACAUUCACCGCCAGAGCCAAAGGCAAGUCUCUUGUGUUUCCUCUUUUCAUACACACGCAUGGCAUACCUGAACUUCAUGGUCAACUGCGUCAACGUGCUCAACACGUACGUGCCGCCGGUGGCGAUCGCGAAUUCGGGCUGGCGCUUCUACAUCCUGUACGUGGUGUGGGACGCCUUCGGCGUCGUCGUCAUCUACUUCUUCUUCGUCGAGACCCGGGGCCGCAGCCUGGAAGAGCUCGACGAGCUGUUCGAGGCACAGAACCCCAAGCAGGCCAGUUUGGCGUACAAGCACGUCGUCAUCCGGAGUGACGGGACCAUCAAGGACGCGCCGGAAUGA